CAGCGAUGUACGAACACAAAAUCUUCGUGCAAGGAAUUAUCUGGGAUAUCAACUCCUUUGAUCAAUGGGGCGUUGAAUUAGGGAAGCAACUGGCGAAGGUGAUCGAACCUGAGUUGGACACUCCCCAGCCAGUUACGAGUCACGAUUCAUCUACAAAUGCGUUGAUCGCAUUCGCUAAGAAACACAGCUCUUAAGAGUUUAUCAAAAUGAAUGAUAAACGAUCUGGUAUAAUUUUAGUAAUCGUUAAUUGUUCCAGUUGAAGUAAAAUAAUUUGCAAUUGUUUGAAUGUUAUCAAGUUGGAUACUUGUAUACUAUAAGAUCUCGCCUAUGGAAGAAGCUUGUUCACCGACAUAUAUAUUUUUUACCUUUUAUUUCAUCGGUCUUGCACAAACUUAGAUGAUCAAUAUUUACAUUGGCACGCAGUGUGCAUAGAGAGAUCGACGAGUGUCGAGUACACAUGUUGUAAAUUGUUAAAUAAUAUAAAGUUGUGGAACAGUAAACGCAUAAUAA